CCGAUGAGCCACCACGCCCAUUCUCCUCCACCACCGCCACCAGAGACGGCGGAGCAAGCACUAUUUUCGAACUCAAGCUGGUAAGGAAUGUCUGAAACUAUGCAAGAUUAUCCAUGAAGUUACGGAUAAUGUCAUUGCCAAUCGCAGGAAGCAGCUGUUGGAGGACCCAGACGCCGCUGCACCGAAGAAGAACAUUGAUUUCCUGGACAGCUUGCUGACUGCACGAGACGAGGAUGGUGCUACGGUGGACGAUAAAGAACUCCGGGAAGAGGUGACUAUCUUCUUGAUAGCUGGUAUGACAUCAUCUGUUGCAUCACAGUGGCAAUUCUACUACUUGGCGGCCAACCCGGAUAUCCAGCAACGAUGUAGAGAAGAAGCGCGUGCUGUGUUGUGUCCGGACGGUGGUGAGCCUGUGUUGACUGAGCAGAGUCUGAAUUCUCUGCAAUACAUCACACAAGUCAUCAAGGAAGUCCUGCGUAUGGCCCCACCAGUUCCCGUCUUUUCUCGUGAACUUCAGAAGGACACAAUGGUUGGUGGUUACCUAGUUCCCAGUGGAACCUUCUGCGUCGUCAACAUUUGGGCCCUUCAUCACAAUCCAGAGAUUUGGGAAGACCCCUGGACGUUCAACCUGUCUCGCUUCGAACCAGGUGGAGAAGCUUCGAAGUUAAGGCCAUUCUCUUACAUUCCGUUCGGUGCUGGUCCUCGGAUCUGCAUUGGAAGGAAUAUGGCAUUUCAGCUGUUGCGAGCACAAGUGGCGAAGCUCCUGCUGCGCUUCAAACUGUCCGUACCCGAUGACCGUCAGAACAUCAAACAACACCUGUCGAUGUUCAUGGAAUCUUCCGAGCCCAUUGAACUGCUCAUCGAGGACACUGGUGAAUGCUGAGCUGAUCUGUUGACGGGUGCCAUUACUAGGCAUUUGCACAUACAGGCAGGUGAGCCGAGCUGCAGCACUACCAGUUCCUCAGAGCCUGGAGGUAACAAUGGUUACAGUUUACUAGUGUUAGAGUGACGUCAGUAAGCUAUAAGAUGAUAACAUAAUUAAUUAUGCAUGUCCACACUCGCUGGGUCUUCAGCUACAGUGAGCAGAAGUGGCGAAGAUCCUGUUGCGCUUCAACCUCUCCAUACCUGAUGACCUUCAGAA